AUGAUGAAUCGAUUCCGCAAGAACAAGAAGGCGAAGGAGCCGGAAAUUGGGGAGGAUUCACCAACACUCAGUGUAAAAUCCCAGAAGAAGGAACCCUCGCCGGAACCCGCGCCCGAAUUCGACCUUUCCGUCGCCCUCCCCUCCUCAGACAACUUCCGCACGAGUCUGUUAAUGCCCAAGUUAUCCGCUCGAUUUAGUAUGUUGAAGGAACAGGACGAUCCACUCUCAUUGAUCGGAAAGGCCAGCGAUGACAGCGUGUUAUUCCCCAAGCGGGCCUCGCGACUCAACCUCUUCGGACACAACCCGGCCAUGUUGGCAGACAUCGAUGAAACCUCCUCCAAUGAUGGCAGCAGACCUUCUGUUGCCCUGGGCCGCACCGAUUCGUUUGCUUCUGGCGGAGAAGGAUAUGGCACCGACGACGACCGAUCCCAAGCGGGGAGCAUGAUGAGUCGUGCGCGCCGAGUGGAGGGCAACAAUUUGUUUGGCGGCCGCCAGAAGAUUUACAAGAUCCCCGUCCGGCCCUCAGAGGGAACACCCGAUUCCGAGACCGGUCGCCGAGGUAUGGGAAAGGCAGUGUAUGAGCACGAUACCAAUCUCUCCGCGUUCCAGCGCUUGCGGAUGAAGGAGAAGGAGGAGCGAGCGGAGGCCGCACGCCAGGAAGCUGCCCGAGAAUCAGGGUAUGCGGCGUCAACGGCCUCAUCCAUUAUGAGCAAGGGAACAUACUCCUCCACCUCCACGACAUCGGGGCCUCCGACAACCGGCAGUAUAUCGACCGCGCCAACUUCGGUGGAUGAGUCCCCGUUGACCAGUGCUCAAGCACCUGCCAAUGGGUACCCGUUCCCGGAGACUCAGCCCGACGCCUCUCGCUCAGCGUCUGCUAUGUCUGCGCCACGGAAUGGUUCUAUUCGCAACCGCCGCCUUUACGGACAAGGGUUGACCCAGGCGGCCCAAAACCAGCAAUCCUCAACCCUGCACCGUUUGGAGAGUCUGAGCCGCCAACGCGCCGGAACUCCAGACCUGCCAUCACUGAACCGUAAUUACUCCAGGAGUGCAACCAACUUGCGCGACCGCUUGCAAAAACUUGCCAUUGUUGAGCCGGCCUCAACAGCUGGCCCGACUAGCCCUCCCUCGUCCGCGACAUCCCCCAAGCCCCGUGUUUCUGGAGAGUCUGCCUUCAGAGACCGUCUCUCCCCGACUGCAGCUACCUUUGGAGCACCGCCCUUGAGCCCGCCUACCAGCGAGAAUGACGAGGCGACCUCACUGUUGGCUGCGUCGAUUCACCCCGAAGACCGUGGCAAGGCGACUGCUAUGGGCUUGUUCAACCGACCUGCAACCGGUUUCGACGAGCAGGCCUUUUCUCGACGUCAGCUUGAGAUGCAUCAAGGGAGAGAGACCCCUCCUCCCCGUGCGGAAUCGCCCCCGCGCCGACCCAUUCCAGCUGAACCCGCUACUCGAGCUAGAGGACUGUCCAAGUCCAGCUAUCGCUCCCGUGCGGAGUCCGCCUCCUCACACUAUAGCAGUGAUGCGCACCGGGGAGCAAACCGCUCUCGCGCCUCAAGUGUCGAGGCUUCCCCCUUCAGGCCUGCGGUGACCAGCUUCUAUGCUGCCUCGAUCGCUAGUGAAUCUGGUGACGAGGGAGAGCGCAGAUUCCCCUCUGAAACAUCACUGGCCACCGAAAAGGGCCACUCGCUUCACCAAGGUGUGGCAUCUUACGAGCCACCGACUCCGCCAAAAGAGCACCUUGAGCCGUUGCCCGAAGUGAGAUACUCCGACCUUGGAGAUCUUAAGCCUAUCGAUGAGAAUGAGCUUGAUGCCGCUUCCUCGCAUGGUCAAGACAACACUCCUAAGAGACCCGAUUCCCCGACCCUCCACCCUGACAAUGGUCUCGGUGGCAUGGGCGGAAUGGUUCGAUCUCAUUUACGCCAGCAGAGUGAUAAGUCCAUAUUUACACCCCCCUCGCCUCGCGUUCCACAGCACAAGGAUUCGCCUAUUCCCACCAUCGAGACUGAGUUCUCCUCCCAUCAGACCUUACAUAGAUCUUCGGGUACAGAUUUCCGGGAUGAGGCUAGACCGGCGUCAGCUCAUCGCCCCGGCACGGCUGGCUCUCUGGCUCCUUCCGCCCACUCUGCAGCACGUUCUCGAUCCAGCGAAGACUCGUCUGCAAAUGGCACGACUGCUGAUAAUGCGUCCAUCUCGAACGGCUCGUCAUGGCGAGAGGAGCUCGAGCGACACCACCGUCGUCAGGGCAGCACUGAGACCCAGCGGGAGCGGGAGGAGUUUGCCAUCGAGCUGGCAGAGAGACGCAGGAAAGUGCAGGAGAAGCUACGCAGUGUCGCUGAGAGCGAGAGUCGAUCAGGCAGUCCUACCCCAGGUCGUUCAACCCCGGAUCUCUCUCGGACCGGCAACGCAUUCGCUAUGCUGAAGCAGAAGUCUACUAAGCUGGCUGUUUCCAAGCAUGACCACAGAAAGAUCUUUGGUUAUGGAAAUGAGAACUCCUCCACUCCUGCUCUUCCCUCGGAUGACUCCUGGCGCGAGGAGGAGCGUCCCUCUUUCGGCUUUGGUCGUCACUCCAACUCAAGCUCUCCCCAUGUUGGAUCUGAGCGAUCUUUCCGAUCCCGUAUGCCAUCUCUCAGCCGGAACAACAGCCAAGAAGACUCCCGUGAAUCGAGUCGCAGUCGUACCAGCUCCCCAUUCCGAUCCCAACGUGAUCGUGCGGGCUCCGAUGCAUCUGGCCGUUCUAAGAGUCGAACCAGACUUCGCGAGCGGGACGAUCUCCAGACUGUGGAUGAGGGUUCAGUCGUUGCACAUGGUAGAUUCGGCGUCCCUGAGGGCUUCGAACCACCAAUGCCAAUCUCGCGUCCUAGCUCCACUCGCCCUUCUGUCGAGAUGGGUGAACGUCCGGCUUUCGACCGUGCUGCUUCUACCUCCUCUGGUAGAAACCGCAGCACCAGCCGAUCCGGCACCCCCAGCUUCCAAUACGAGCGGCCAUACCAGUUCUCGCAGUCCAACACAUCUUCGAUCAUCGGUGCAUCCCCCCGGCCGCCACCCGCUGCUCCGGCCUACGUCGCCAACGCCACCCCUCCCUUGAAUGAAGUGGCCCCAGAUGCCUCGACUACCUCUCUUGCCUCCGCCGCCAGCAGCGCCUCGACACUCCCGCAGCGUGGUCCAGGACAGGGCUCCCUUCUCAAGCGACCCAUAAAUAAGAAGCAAAUCUCCGAGCCAACCUUUGUGUCAUCCACAUCCAAUGUUCCCCUCGUCGGCCUUCCUCCAGGAGCCAACCAAUCAUCCGGGCCUGCACCACCUGUACCACCCAUGAACCCCCGUCGUCGUCGUGGAACCGCUACUCAAACCAUCCUGAGUGCAUUCAAGCAUGACAAGCCCGAAUCUCGUGCUGCAUCUCCCGCACCCAACAUGGAGAACCAACCCACCCACCCGGACGAGGAAAAACGCCCUCAAUCCCGUAACCGUCUUCGCAAAAUGUCCAGCGAAGGCAGCAACCUGCACGCGCGGGCGCGUCAGGAAUCCAACCCCGGUCACCCCCCAGCAAUCCCUCACUACCCUCCUCCAUCCAUCCCCGUCGAUGGCGGCAUGUUCUAA